AUGCAGGUACAGCUUGGCCAAGUAGAAAUCAAAUGCCCCAUCACAGAAUGUUUUGAAUUCCUGGAAGAAAGAACAAUUACCUAUAACUUAACACAUGAAGAUUCCAUCAAAUAUAAGUACUUCUUGGAACUUGGCCGUAUUGAUUCCAGCACCAAGCCAUGUCCUCAGUGCAAGCACUUUACAACCUUCAAGAAAAAAGGACAUAUUCCCACCCCUUCCAGAUCAGAAAGCAAAUACAAAAUCCAAUGCCCCACUUGCCAAUUCGUCUGGUGUUUUAAGUGCCACUCUCCUUGGCAUGAAGGUGUUAACUGCAAGGAGUACAAAAAAGGAGACAAGCUGUUGCGUCACUGGGCCAGCGAAAUUGAGCAUGGGCAGAGGAAUGCGCAGAAGUGUCCAAAGUGCAAGAUCCACAUCCAGAGAACUGAAGGAUGUGACCAUAUGACCUGCUCACAAUGUAACACUAAUUUUUGUUAUCGAUGUGGGGAAAGAUACCGCCAGCUCCGGUUCUUUGGAGACCACACUUCAAACCUCAGUAUAUUUGGAUGCAAAUAUCGCUACCUCCCAGAGAGACCUCAUCUAAGGAGAUUAGUGCGAGGGUCGGUCUGUGCUGGAAAAUUAUUCGUUGCACCUCUAAUCCUGGUCUUGGGAUUAGCACUAGGGGCCAUAGCAGUUGUAAUCGGUUUAUUUGUAUUUCCUAUCUAUUGCCUUUGUAAAAAACAGAGAAAACGAUCACGGACAGGAAUGCACUGGUAAAAUGCAGGAUGAUUUCCUGUAAUGAAGCCGGUCUGGGGCGGAGCCACACAGAAUGGCACACCGUCUGAGAGUCACGUCUUGACACACUGUGUCCAGCCUCCCUGCGGUUCUCUGCAGGCCGCAGUGCCUCCGGCUCCGGCGGGCCCCUACACGGUAUCCUGUCCUUUCCUUACACAGUUUGCUGCUGUUAAAAAACAAUGGUCACUUUCAUAGACUAUAAAUCUCUGUAUCAUAACUCUGACCUUCUUACUGGUUCUUGGAAGAAAGUAUUUUAAUUAAGAAGCGUAUCCUCAGAAUUUUCUGAGCAUGACUCUUCCGAGCACUGUUUGGACUGUCUUUGUACCUGACCCCCCUUCCCCGCCCUCUUCUGAGACUUGGUGUGAAUAGUGGAAGUCAUUCCACCUGUACCAAUAAGCAAGGCCACUUUUCAGAAGAUAAAGGCCUGCCGUACGUACCUGUUUUUAUCUGUGGCCCAAGCAAUGUAAUUCCUUCAUCCUUCAGAUGCUAUAAUUGUUAAAAAUCUCAAUGCCCAAAAGGGAACGAAUGAAAUGAAAUUAAUGAGAAGAAUCAUGGGUUGCUGAAGUGUAUAUGCGCAGGGCUGUGACUGUGUGUGUAUAAUAAGUAUGUAUUAAAACUAGGUCCAAUAACCUUGUACUUGUCAAGUUCCAUGCCUCUACACUAUUUUUCCACAUCUUCGUAGACAUAUUUAAAGAUAAUCGUUCCUUUGUGGGCAUAUUUUGGUAAUGUACUGAAUUAAAGUCAAUGUCAACAACAGGCUGCUUUGACGGUGACCCUUUCUAGUCCUUGCUCUCUCUCUUUACCUCACACACAUGCACACACACCAGAAACUUGUGCAAUGUCACCUCAAGGAUCAUCAAACUUUAACUUACAAGACUGAUAGGCUGCUUUUAGGAAAUUCUCAAGACCAGAACGUUCAGUCUCCUCAGAUUUCUUAUAUUUUGGCAUAGAUGCUUUACUAAAUGAACAAAUCCUUCAGAGGGGAUUAGUUAAUUUAAAUAACAAGUUUGCUGUAGAAAGAACUGCCUAAACCUUUAAACAAAUUGUUCUGCUAAUUUUUUAAUCAAUUUGUAAUUGCAGAGAAUUCUGUCUUAGGUCAAGUUGUGAUAGUAUUGAAAACCCCACCCUCUUAGCUCUUUUCUUAUUCUCUCUCUCUCUUUCUUAUUUGUCCCCAAGAUUUUCACUAAAAAAAAUUACUAGUUUUGAAGGGUUUUCUUAUGUUUACUGCUCAAAUACAUAAUAAUGUGCUGAUGUCUUCUUAUGAAUAGGGUGAUUUAAAAACACAACUUUCUGUGAUUAUGGGUUUAUCUAAAAUAGAAACAACUUUUGGACAAGGAAAUAAAACAAAACAAAAAAAAAAUGAAGAAAAUAUUUUCAGCAAGGUUUACCAAGCUGAGAAGUCUUUAAAAAUAAGAAAAAGGCAUGUAGCUAAACAAUGUUCUUCUUUGUUUUCAUCAUAAAGUUCAUCAGCAGAAUGGAAGAUCCUUAAGAACCCUAAAGUUUCCACUUGUCUCCAAACCCUUAAAAUUAGAUUACCUGCAUAGAUGUAGCAUUUAUUCAUCAGAAGCCUUAUCUGAAUUGUUACAAAUUGUUACAAACAUGCAUUAACAUGAAUAGUUGGUCUUGUUGGGCUCCAACAAAUACAAGAACAUGUAUCAUUUUUAUUGGGCCUACAAAGUCCAUGAUAGUGAAGUGUACUUGCAUGAAUAAUGAACUAGCAUGCUUCCAUUCUUUCUGAGUAACACUCAGAAUAGCUACCCUGAAGCUUCUGGACUGGUCUCCAUUCAGUUAGAUGAGGGUGUACCAUUUGUGAUUCUACAAUGGCAUAUUUCUAAAGCAUAACAUGGUGCAAGAAAAAGUGAUGCUCUAGUUUCACAAAUUCAUUUUUCCAUUCAUCCAGUAAAUAUUUGAGUGCCUAUUCUAUGUGCUCUAGUCUUAAAACAAGAGAAUGAAAAUUUCUAGCCUACAUCCAUGUAAUUCUGUCAUAAAAGUGCUGAAUUUUUGUAAAUUCAUUUUUUCUGGACUUAGGUGUUAGUUUGACAAUAUGUGAAUGUGAUGAAUUCUAAAUGUAGUGGAUAAUAUGUUUAUGUAUGAUCUGUGUAUGUAUAUAUAUAUAUAUAUUUAAAUAUGCAUACACACAUAUAUAAUAUUUCCACAGCUGCAUAAAAAUACAAUUGUCACAUACAUAUGUACCAACUGGCUAAAUACUAUGCUCUCUGGUCUUAGAUAAUCUAUUUUCUUAGGUUAUUGUAUCUCUUGUCUUUGGCCUACUCAGGGAUUUUUAUUCCUUCCUUUGAAUAACUUAUCUUUUGGAGAUAUUUUUGUAUUAUUUAGAAAUGUUCCAAUUUUCCAAUUACACAGUGGUGUCUGUUAUCAGUGAAAGCUCUUUCAUCAAUGCUUGAGAUACUGUACACAGUGUUGCACAAGAUUUUCAUUUUUCUAUUGCAUAGAUUUUUUUAAAUUAAUGUAUGUAUUUUUCUCUUUCACAGUUGGUAUAUAUUAGGGCUUUCCCUGAUAGUGACUUAUGUAAUAAUUUGUGAAUUUUUUUUUACUAAGUAUCAUCAAGAUCUUACAAAGAGAGAAGAAAGUAAAAGGGUUAUUUAUAUGUUAGUGCCAACAUUGAAAGUAAAACAAUAAUAAUAACUUUGGGGAUAAAUUCGAAAAUCUACCUUAGAAAAACACAUGAAAUAAAUAGCUUUAUAUCCAAAGCUUGUCAUUUUUUAUUGUAAAUAUAAUAUAUACUCCUUUAAGAGAAUCAAACCAUAUAGAAUUAUAAAAUAUAAAUUCAUCUGCUCUACCCCAUCCCUCAUUUUCUAGGGGUGACCACUGUUAAUGUUUUGAUAUGUGUCCUUUCAGAAACUUUCUGCAAAUAUUCUAGUGUGUUUGUAUAUGUCCUUGUAUAUUAGUUUUAUACAAAUAGAACAGUAGUCUUAAUGUUCUGUGACUAUUUUUCAUUUUAUUAUAUAUUGGUAGACACCUUUUCAUAAGUGUUUAAGUAGAUUUACCUCAUUCUUUUAUAAAUUACUACAUAUUCCACCGUGGGACUAUACUUAAUGAGUCCCUAUUAAAUGGACAUUGAGAUUGUUUUUACUUCUCUAUUACAAAACAUCAGUGAAAAUUGUUUACAUAUAUUUUUAUCACUUAAUGCACACAUUUCCAUGACUUUUAAAGUUUGGUUUUUAUAAGAUAUUUCUAAUAAAAUGUUAAUGUGUUUUCAGAGGAUGAGAUCAUAGAGAUACUAUAUUUGAGAUCUUUUUCUUGGUGAAAAAGAAAGAUUAUGUAGGAGUGCAUGAGUUUUAAAGAAAACCAUCUUUUUGCAGGAUAAGUUUCCCCCUGCUUGAUUAGACAAAUAAAUAUGUGGCCAAAAAUUAUAAAGGAAAAUCCAUCUCAUUCCAGUAAAAAAAUGCAACAACACGUCUGUAAGAUAACGUGAGAAAGCUACAUUGAUAUUUGGAUUGUCUGGUUUUAAAAUUGGAGAUAUUUAAAGGAAAUAAGUAAACUGAUCAUCUUUAUCACAUUUUUUAAAACACUAUCCAUGUUCUUGCAUGUUGCACCACAAAGGAACUUAAUUAUGCCAUUGUGAAAAAUAGGAACCAAUUUGUUGGCAAUUACGAAUGACCACAAUUAUACAUAAAAAAAUAUAUUUGACUAUAUGAAGGUUUAGUAGUUUGUUAGAAUGCUUAUAAAUUCGGGAUAACAUGAACCAUCCAUUUUACAAUGAAUCCCAGAAGUCUCCUAAAACCUUUUGUAUGUGGAGCUAAGAAGAGGAGAAGGGUCAGACCUUUUGGUGCAAGCAACAGCUUGUGGCCACCACCUUGGUUUUCUGAUAGGUGGUAUUUAUCCUAAAAGUCGGACAGACACAAAAACAAUCAAAGAUAACUAAACCCAAUUAGAUCACAACCUGUUCUCUCUCUCUGCUGUGGGUUCAGGAUUCUGUGGUGCCUGUCCUAUGCACCCAAUCUCUUGAGUCCCAAGACCCCAGCUGAGCCUUUAUCAUCAAUCCUACCACCCAAAUACAUGGCUUCUGGCUCCGCUAAAACACCAUCAAACCACUGUAAUCUCAUCCAGUCUCAUUUUUCUCCACUCCUUCACGCAAAAGAGGGGGAGAACAGGAAAGCUGAAAAGCUCACUCUGGCAUCAGCAUACCUUCCUGAGCUUUGUCUAGUUAAAGUGCAUCUGCCAAGACAUCGGUCCAGCUUCUCCCUUGUUAAACAUUGCAGUUGUUUUUAAUACUAGAUUUUAUGCUGCCUGUUAAAUUUAUAAUUAUAGAAAGAGCUAGUGGCCUAAAUAAGAUUAAUUGGUAUGCUUCAUUAAGCACAAAAUUUUUUUUUACAAAUCAUGCCAACUGCCAUUUUGUUUUUUAAUGUUAUUAGCAAGCUGCACAUCUGCCUUAAUGUGAGUCUUCGCAUUGGAUUGCAUGCUUAUCUUUUCAUGUUUGUAGCUGAAAUCUAUCCCAACCACUGAAAAUAAUUUUUCUUGUGGUCAGCCUUAUUGUUUUGUGUUAAUGUCAAUUAUAAACAUAGCCUUAAAGUUCAAUAAUGCACUUUAAAAUACGUGUGCCAUUUAAGUAACUUGACAGAAUUAAAGAGAGGGUUACAUAUAUUUUGAUGGAGACAGUAGAAUAACAGUGUCAGUAAAUGUAUGUCACCUCUUUAAAUUUGGGGGUGGGAAUCAGAGCUGAAAAUUUGAAACAAGUAGAACAUACCUGUAAAAAAAUAAAAGUUUCUAGAAUUAUAGCAAUUCUAAAAAUUGGCGCCAGGAGUUCAAACAUAGCAAGUAAUUAAUAAAUGUCACCUAAUAACCUAGCUGCGAUGUUUGUUUAAAAUGUUAAUUUCCACAGCAUUUUAACUACAUUUUCAUUUUUCGUGAAAUCUGUAAAAUAAAUUCCACUGAAGAGAACAUAGUAAAUGAAAACUAUCACCCAUAGUCAGCUCGAGCAUUAUUAUUUUUAAAUUCUUAUAUUUUAAUUAUGAUCUUUUCUUCCUUUUGUGAAAAAUAAGUUACAAAAUCCCAUUUUUAAUAUGUACACCUAUAAUUAUGUAGUUAAAGUAAAAUAACUUUAGAGAAGCAUACAUACAUGGUCUGAACAAAUCAGAGUUCCGAAAUUUGGGAAGUAUUAGGAUUGUGAAAUGCUACCUUUUCAAUGCAAACCAGUGAUGCAGACCUUUAAAGAAGAAAUGAGGUGGAACUCCUUUGUAACUCUGGUUUUGAGGACAGGGCUAAUACUCGUUUCGUAGCCAGCUGUGGGAUGUAGGUCUUGUGCUGCACAUCACUGUUCUGAGAGUAGUCUGUUAGCAGACUUUAUCCAAAUCCAAGAAGCAGAGAGUCACAUAGUGUGAGACUUGUAAUUGUCUGUUUAGAGCAUUAGCUGAAGCCUUCAUAUAUCAUAUAUGUUAUAGAUUUUCAUAUAUAGUGCCAAUUUUAGAAGUAUGUAAUUAUGUGUCUCAUGAACUAUAUAUAUAUGUAUAUCUAUGUGUGUGUAUAUAUGUAUAUACACAUAUAUAUACAUAUUUUUGGCUGAAAUAGUAACUUUUGAGAAUAACAAUACGACUUAAAAGGCAAAAAUUUUUUUAAUACACAAAAUAUUGCCACUGCCCUUUUUUUGCCACUUUCUUUUAGCUUCUAAAAGAAAUGUCAUUAGUUAUAUUCAACUCUGCAUCACUUAGAUUAUACAAACUUAUUGGCAUAGAAAAUACUUUUGUUUUCAAGUUUAUCUACCCUUUUUGUCACUCUGUCUUAUCUAAUAUUAAAUGAUUUUCUUCCCUGUUUUUGAAGUGAUGCUCACAUCUUUCAACAAGCUCCUGUUUUCUUUAUAUUUCCUUGUUAUGUUCUUUUUUCCCUUUUCUGUCCCUUAUCCAUCUUUGCCAACUGUGAGAUAAAUUCUGUCUCAUCAUUAACUCCUUUGACUAAUGAAAUGAAAUUCAAAUACUGGAAGGACUCCAUAAUUUGGCUCUGGUAGUGAGAUAAUUUACCUUGGCUUACUUUGUAAAUUGAAAUGUCUGAGGAGAACCUGGAACACUGACCCUCUUCUUGAUAGGAGUUGAAGAAACCCUGCCCAGCCUCUCUGACAAGAAAUAAAAUGAACAAGAAGAUGUCAGUUGGAUCAGAGAGCCUAAUAACACUCUAAAGCCAAGCUUCAGAAAUUGCUUCAUGAAUAUUGUAAAAUCAGUGUUGUGUUUGCAUAUUAACUGGACAGAAAUCACGUGUGGAUAUUCAUCCAACCUGACCCCAAGCCAUUCAUGAUUCAUCCAAAAUGGCCAGAGGUCUGGUUUGGGGUCUUUGUGUCGACAAAAAGUCCUACAGCUUGGACUUGGGGCUGGAUUUAUGUAGUAUAGCAUUUGUAUAUAAGAUCUGAUGAUGGAUUCAUACUCUAUGAACAUUAUUAGACAUUUUGAUACUAUAAAGUAGAUAACAUUGACUAUAACUGAUACUAGCCUUCUAGAGAAACCAUUUGUUAUUUGCAAAUGCUCAACAUUUUCAGUGAUAUGGUUUAGGUAUAAGUAACACUCAAGAUAUAUUUAGCGUAGGUUUAGUAUAUGAUAUGAAAAAGUCCAAGAGAGAGUCAAACUUGGGUGUUAAAGGGCCCCAGAAAUUGCUGAAAUAAUGUCAUUUCAGAUUUUUCCUUAUAGCUGACAAACUGUGUCAUUGGUCAUCUGUUCUCUGCCAAGUUGUUAGGUGUUCACCUCAUGCCCUGGGGUGGGAAAGAGUCUCAGUAAUCCAGCCAAAUUCUUAAAAAUAAUAUUUGUCAUUGAAAUGUUACUUCCUCUCUUUCAAAAUAUACUUUUACUGCUUCUUUCAAGUAAAUACUUCUAAAUAUUUUAUAUAAUAUAUUUGAAUACUUUUAGUUUGUAGAAAAUUAGCAUGCUUUAUAAAGAAAAUUCUAGAUAAAGUGUCAUGAGUUUUUAAUCAGCUGACUGUACACCCUUUUCCUAAAGCCCUUUUGCUUCCAGUUCCAUAGGGCAAAGCUUAGUUUUGUUAUUUGAUCAUUUUCAUCAUAAUUAAAAUUCUUCAUAUGUCAUUGAAAAGAGGAGACCAACCUUAUAUUUCUUAUGACACCUAGAACAGUAAUUGGUUUAUAUAUAUACAUUGCCAUUUACCUUGACAAGAACAAUUUAUUACAGAUUCUUAAUGUAAAAAAUUAAUUGACAAUCUUGUUGCUUAUGAAAACAACUAUUAAUAAGUAGUAAUUCUGAGAGAUGAUAAAUACUUUUGUAUAGAAGGAACACAAAAAUGGUGGCAUUCAAAUGUUGUUAUGUUAGCACAUUAAGAAGCCACAAGAGUUAUCGUUGUUUUGUAUCUACUGUAAAAUUGAGUAUGUUACAUUCAUGAAACAAACAUAUUUAAAGAUGUAUACUUAUUGACAAACUAUGGGACAAUUAAAUUAUUCACAUUCUUUUUUUUCACAAAGUACAAAAUGCUAACAAGAAAUAAUUUGAAUAUUUAAUCUGUUGUUACCAUAUAUUCAGAAAUGACAGUUCUAGGGAAUAAUUUUCAUGUCCUAUCUGAAUUAUCAGAAUAUAUCCCAUUUUAAUUAUAUUCUCAUGAACAAUGGCAAAGGAGAAUUUCUUAAUUUUAAAAUGAAUGACUCUCACUGGUCUGUACCUUAUCUUGUCCAUCAUUUCAUUAUAUUAUAUGAUUUUUGCUGUCUGUAAAAUUCAUAGCCAAUUCCAAGUAACAUAAAUUAUACUAUUUCUCAUGUGUAAAAUGAGCCUAGCUGAGAAGAGACUUUCUUUUUCAGUGAUAUUGGAAAAUAUUUAUGUGAUUUUAUUUUUAACUUUUUCUACAUUUCAUUAGUCAUAUUAUUAACUUUGCUAAUCAGAAAACUAUGUGGAGGUAACUAUUUUAGAUAUAUUUUGAAAAAGAGGCAAUAGAAAUAAAAUGAGAAAAUAGAUGAUAUUAAAAAAUCCCUGAAAGAAAAUUGGAAAGGAAAACAACGAAUUCCACUGAGAUGACAAUGUUGGGAAAUAAGGAGUAUCCAAGACCUUAAUUUGUUACAUUGCUAGAGCAAUCAACUUAUUUCCAAAUGAUUGUCUCAUGCUGUUGGUUCCAUGGAUUGUGCUUCUAGUAUAAUAUAUAAUUUCCCCUACCAUUUUAGUGUUUAGACAUUAAUAACUAAAAAGAAAGGAAGGAAUUGGUUAAUAAAAGCCAGGAAAACUGGGUUUAUUCCCAUUUUCCAAUGGCACUAAUGUAUACUUCCUCAACCGUCCAUAUGGUGCUUUGUGUGAUGAGAGAAUGUAACAUUUAUAUAUGUUAUUAGUGCCUUAUUUUUUUCACUUGACUUUAUUUCUUACCUAAGAGCCAUAUAUUUUGUGUGUGUGUUCCUUGGUCCCUGUAUUUAACGUGCUGAUGACAAAGUGUAUCUUUAGUGGUGGAAAUAGGCUACAUUUGCUACCUUAACCCACUGUAUUAUCUCUAGAGCAGCAGGUUAGACAAUAUACUUUUCUUAAAUUCAGUGUUUCUUUUAAGGCUAAGGUGUAAAAAAAAAGGAUAUUAAAUGUCAUAAUUUAAAGUCAUUAUUAUUGAAAUUAAUUUUAAGGUGCAAAGAAGAAUGCUGAUUAUUAAAUUUUUAAAUGGAAGUUGGAAUGGCUGUCGGUCUUUAGAGCUCCAGUUAGGGAAAAAAAAGUACUUUACAUAAAGCAUUAAAAAUAAAAGUAAAUAUGGAACUUCAGGAAUUUGGUCAGUUUGCUACAACUUGUCUUUGACAAUGUGUUAUUUGUAAUCGAUUUCCAUGCAUGUUUGCUAUUUACAUAAAAUUAUUCACAGUGGGCUUUACUGAUAUCAAGAUAUUCUGUAUAAUGUUAUUUUGCUCUUCCUGGUCUUUGCCUUUGUGUUAGCUUUAUACAAAAAGCUGGUUUUGUUGUAUUCUUUAUGUACCAUAGUAUAUAAUUCAGCUUUUCCUGAUGAAUGUAUGACAAAUAAUUAAAAUAAAUCAUGUGCUUGGAAAAGACAAAGACACAGAUUGUAUAUGAAAAUACAUGUACAGAUUUGACAAAGAAAAAAAGAGGAAAAGACUCUUCCUGCCAUCAGAUGUGUCCUGCUGGACAGGACAUGGAAAUUAACAGAUUUUUUUUUUAAGCAGUAAAAUUUAAAAAUCUAUUACCUCAAGAAUUUUCAGUGGAAACGUGUCAGUGUACGGCCCCUUGUUAGCAAAUUCAAUCUCGCUGCUGGCGGUUAAAAACAACCCAAGUGUCAGAUCACACAAACUGUAGGGCAGAUCUUUCAAAAGAUGGAUACCUUGUGAUAUUCUGGAGUCUGACUUUGGACUUUUGGUAAUGUCCCUAUGGCCUUUUGUUGUGGUUCGGCUUUCUUUUUUGUUGGUUUUGGUUUGUUGUAUUAGAAUGGAAGCGUAAUCUUAAUUAUGAGAUCAGAUCUCACAGAAGGACAUAACGACACUCACUCUACGUGGAUGAAAACUGUAUUGGGAAUCAACUAUUUUUAUUGUCACUCUGCGAGCGGUUGUGUGGAUUCCUGCGGAGUGCUGUUUACUCGCAUGACGUGUAUGAUACGUCAUGCCACGUCAUCUAGCAGCGCCUAAUAAAAGUUUAAGAGAGAA